UACAGAACAAACCCAGAGACAGAGAGAAAGAUCGAGAGAGAAAACUAAACAGAGAAAUAAAGACAGCGCACUAGUGGCACUGACCGGGGAAGGCGGAUGCGCUCGGCUGAGCCAGGUUCAAGAUGCGGAUGCGGGCUGGAUGCUGGAGAGCCGGGCGACUGCUGCUGAUGCUGCUCCUGUUGGGCUUUGAUAGGUCCGGGGCCAUUGGCCCUAAGGAUGGUUGGCAAGUAUACAGCUCCGCGCAAGAUCCUGACGGCCGGUGCAUUUGUACAGUUGUGGCUCCAGGGCAGAAUCUGUGCUCAAGGGAUGCUCGAAGCAGGCAACUCCGCCAGCUACUGGAGAAGGUGCAGAAUAUGUCUCAGUCUAUUGAGGUCUUGAAUCUGAGGACUCAAAGGGACUUUCAGUACGUGUUAAAAAUGGAAACACAAAUGAAAGGACUGAAGGGAAAAUUUCGGCAGAUUGAAGAUGACCGGAAGACACUCCUAACAAAACAUUUCCAGGAGCUGAAAGAAAAGAUGGAAGAAUUGCUGCCAUUGAUCCCUGUUCUGGAGCAAUAUAAAAUGGACAGCAAGCUGAUCAAUCAGUUCAAAGAUGAGGUGAGGAAUUUGUCUAUAGUGCUGACUGCGAUCCAGCAGGACAUUGGAGCUUAUGACUAUGAGGAGCUUCAGCACAGAGUUCUCAACUUGGAAAGUCGACUGCAUGACUGCAUGAAGAAACUAUCAUGUGGCAAGUUGAUGAAAAUCAGCCUCCCCAUGACAAUCAAAACCUCGGGAACCAGAUUCGGAGCAUGGAUGAUGGACCCCUUGGCAGCAGAGAAAGAAAAUAAGGUGUGGUACAUGGAUGGAUACACAAGUAGUAAAGUGGUUCGUGAAUACAAGUCUAUGACAGCCUUUGUGAGUGGAGAGGAUUACAGGCUCUACCGUCUGCCCUAUCCCUGGGCAGGAACCAAUCACCUGGUCUAUAAUGGCUCUCUCUAUUUUAACAAGUACCAGAGCAAUACCCUGAUAAAGUAUAACUUUGAGACAGGCUCAGUGUUGGCCCAGCGCAGCCUGGAGUAUGCUGGAUUCAAUAACAUCUAUCCCUACACCUGGGGUGGUUUCUCUGACAUUGACCUCAUGGCUGAUGAGGGUGGAAUCUGGGCUGUCUAUGCCACCAAUCAGAAUGCAGGAAAUAUUGUCAUCAGCCAGCUGGAUGAGCAGACCCUGGAGGUGCGGAAAAGCUGGGACACAGUCUAUCCUAAGAGGAGUGCUGGUGAGGCCUUCAUGAUCUGUGGCACGUUGUAUGUCACCAACUCCCACCUGACAGGAGCCAAGGUCUACUUUGCGUACUCCACCAAGACUUCAAGUUAUGAGUACACAGACAUCCCAUUUCAUAAUCAGUACUUUCACAUUUCCAUGCUGGAUUACAAUGCCAGAGACCGAAUGCUGUAUGCCUGGAACAAUGGCCAUCAAGUUUUAUUCAAUGUCACUUUGUUCCAUGUUAUUCAAACCCAGGAGGAUCCAGAAACUCCUGGACAGCAGUAGAUUUGGACAACCUAUUCAUUCACUGGCAAUCUUCCCUGAAGUGGCAAGAUUUUCUAAACUUUCUUUUCUCCAUAUGUGAGCAUCUAGUCAAAGAAAUGCAGGUCAACAGCUCAAGGUUUGAGAUUAUGUCUCUAUGUAACAUGGUGUGAUCAAUUUUUGUCUCAACGUGAGAUGAUGUCUGUUCAUUUGCCUUAUUCAUCAAAACCAGAGGCUUCAGGAAACUGACUUGCAUGAAUUUGUAAUCUUCUGUUCUUUCAUUUUUUAAGAAAUGUUUUCUUAUAUAAACCAACUUUUGUAUAACUUUAUAACCACAGUAACAACAGUCAUGUGAGGAUUGGAUUUCUGAUUUAAAUUGAUAUUAUGACUAGACUUUAUUCUCCUUGCUUUUUGCUGGGACAGCAGUUUAGGACUGUACUCAAUGCAACCUGUACAUUUCUAGCCUAAUUCUAUCAUCGUCAGAUCCACACCCCCCACCAACCCAACCUCCACUCCCGGCACCUUCCCCUGCAACUGCAGGAGGUGUAAGAC